GAGCCUCGAGGCCAACUCGUUGUGGCCGGCACCCCCCGGGCUGGAGCCCCCCGGGCCGGAGUCCACCGGGCCGGCGUCCCGGGUCGGCAACCUGAUCGCGAGCCGGCGGAAGCCUGGGUUCCAUGACCCCUCUUACAGACAGAACAACCUGAAGAUCUUGGAACUAAUGAGACAAAAAAUUUAUACUAUGCAAGAAAAACUCGUAGACCUUGAGCCCGUAAUAAAGAAAUACGAGGGCGACCCGCGGUUCCGCAUGGCGUACAUAUUCCGGCAGCUGGACGACUGGCUAAAGAGCCUGCGCGGCGUGUACUUCGCCAUGUCCAAGUGGAGCAACACCGCCAGCAACCGCUUCAAGCGGCGCAUCUGGAGCUACGAGCACGCGCUGCGGCGCAACAUCGACGUCACGUACACCGUGGACUACCUGGCGCACGUGCACGCCACCUACAUCAAGCAGAUGGAGGACAUCAUGCCCGCCGCGCAGCGCGAGGAGAUGCAGAAGGAGCGCGACAGAAUGUUGGAGCUGCAAGAGAAAAACAAGCAAGCAGGCUGACCACCACCAUGCUGCUCAUUCUAACCUUACAAUGUAACUAUUUUACAAUAUCUAUUCAUUGGCGUUUCCUUAUUAAAUAUUACUAGCGGCAAAA